AUGUUGUCUGUACUCUUGUUGACAUCGAACAUUCUCCCCCUCCUUCUUCUGAAGAUUUUGUUGAACGCCCACCUCGGGAUUGCUGAAGUCACCAGUCGUCAAUCUUGUAGCCAUGGCUACGGUCUCUGCAUGCCACCUGGUGCUCUUGGUCAAGAACUCCCUGGCUUCAAAGCUCAUUUGACAGACCUCUAUCUCAGUUUGCUUGAAACGGUCAAUCCGCAGCAAGUUCCGACUGGACCCCCAAAAACGAACUACACCCAAGGGGACCAUGUGACUUUGCCCGUGAGAGACCUGGCCGAGGCCAUCUGCUGUGCGGAGACAACUGAGUGCAUGCUCCUCAAGAACUACAAUGUUCCUUUUUGCUGGGAUCGAUUCACGACCAACUACUUCCUCCCGGAUGACUCUUAUGGAUCCAUAACCAGCGGAAUCUACAACUAUUCUUCAGGAGGAUACGUCAAUCUUAUCACGGGAGCCUAUGAGAUGGUCGAUGGCAGUCAAGGCAACAUCUAUGCAGGCACCAACGUGAACCCUCCAAACACAUCGACACUGCAACUCCCAGUGCCCUUCACAAGCAGCGGAAUCGGCUCGGCCAUCCCAGCAACUGAAGUAGGAUCGAGUGCUUCUUAUCCAUCGACAACAUCCACAAUAUCUGAGAGCGUCACAAACACUCAGACCACGGAGAAAACAAGCCAGGGCCCGACGGGAACGGAGAUCGCAGCACCUUCAAACACAUGGAUAAUGGGGAACUUGGCCGGAGGAGGUGCUAGGAUCAGACACUUGCACAUCUUGUUGGCGAUUGUCGGCGCAUUGAAUGUGUGA